CAUUGCAGCAAAUUUCUUUCGUUUCUCAGUUCUAAAAGUGAAACCCAAAAAUAAGGAAGAAAUAAAAGACAACAACAAAGACUAUAUUAUUAUUAUUAUUGAGUAUGAAUACGAUGGCAUCUCUGACAAACUCGACGCUUUCAUUUAAAUAUCAUUAUUAUUUUAAGCAGUCCGGAAAGUGUUUCAAGCUAAGUCCCAGGAGAGACCUGCAAGUAAGAGCAUCAUCUUCUUCUGCUGCUCCUGAUGUUGAUCUCAAGACCCUUGAAUCCGCCAUUUCCGAGAAAGACAGUGAUGCCGUUAAAGAGGCACUUGAUCAGCUGAGCGAAGUUGGAUGGGCUAAGAAAUGGAGUUCUCAGCCGUAUGUCUCACGUCGUACGACAUCUCUUCGGGAGCUGACCUCCCUUGGAAUUAAAAAUGCGGAAACUCUUGCAAUUCCAAGUGUCAGAAAUGAUGCAGCAUUUCUUUUUACAGUGGUCGGGACAACAGGGUUUUUGGGACUUCUUGCUGGCCAGCUUCCUGGGGAUUGGGGCUUCUUUGUACCAUAUUUGAUUGGGAGCAUUUCUUUAAUAGUUUUGGCUGUGGGGAGCAUUUCACCAGGACUUCUUCAAGCUGCUAUUGGUGGGUUUUCAUCAUUCUUCCCUGACUACCAGGAAAGGAUAGCUAGACAUGAAGCGGCUCAUUUUUUAAUUGCCUAUUUGUUGGGCCUUCCUAUCCUGGGGUAUUCAUUGGAUAUUGGUAAGGAACAUGUCAACCUCAUUGAUGAAAAGCUGGAAAAGCUUAUAUACAGUGGACAGCUUGAUGCUGAAUUGCUUGACAGGUUGGCCGUUGUCGCUAUGGCUGGACUUGCUGCAGAGGGUCUGAAAUAUGACAAAGUGAUUGGUCAAUCUGCUGAUCUUUUCACGCUUCAGAGAUUCAUAAACAGAAGCAACCCAAAACUUAGCAAUGAUCAGCAGCAAAAUCUAACUAGAUGGGCAGUCCUGUUUGCUGGAUCCCUCUUGAAAAACAACAAGGUCAUUUAUGAAGCCUUGAUGUCAGCCAUGUCAAAGAAGUCGACCGUGUUGGAAUGCAUCGAAGCAAUUGAGAAAGCUGCAUAGCUUUACCUAUAACUUCCAUAUUGUUUUCCAAGUACCAAAUUGGGAAGAUUGCACUGUGCUUGAAUUCCACAUUACCACCUAGGCUGCUAAAUCUUCUGAUUUUUCCUAUUUGUUUUUUGUUAAUUUCAUUUUCGAUACCAUGAAUCUUGAAAAUUAAAAAUACCCAAAAUGGCGUGUGCAAACAAUUUUAAAACGAAAACAACUGAUACCAAGCACAAAUUCUGCUUGACAUGCAGUCUACACAUCGAUUUAUGAUCACUUGGUGUCAUUUUUUUUUCACCUUCUGUAGUUAAAAGCUUGACAAUUACACUAUUAAAUUUCAUUCACAGUGCAAAUUAAGUAGAGUUCUCAACAUGCUGAUGCAGAGGCACAUUUGUAACACUUUGCAUAAUUGCAUUGUUAUGACCAAGAAUGCUACUAAAGGCUUACUAGCAGUAGGUCCAGUAAACUUCCACAAGUAAAAUUGAUUUCCAUAAUUCAAAAGCUUAAACGAUCACAGGAAGAUUCUUACUCAUAACGUCC